AUGCCUGUGAUGUGAGGCGACUUUACAGGAAACGUGACCUCACUGGGGCUCUGUGCCGCUGAUUGCACGGGCUGUUUUCGAAAGGAAACAGGGACUUGCUAGAGCUGCCCUUGCAGAGCCGGGGCUGAGCUCUCCCAGGAAGCCGCUCCAGAACAGCCCCCACCAGCCGUCCCACGGGCUCUCCCGCUGAUGAAGAGAAAAUUUUUGCACGCAUGUGUUAAUUGUGAAAUGGAUUUUCCAGGUUCAACACCAUUUAAUGAAGAGCACAGACACAGCCUCUCAAGACAUAUUUUUCCAAGUUGUGCUUGUGCCUUUUUGGAUGAUGACCCUGCCUAUGAGUGCUCCACAAACCCUCUGACAGGCUCCAUUCCUGCGUGCCGCCGCAGCCCUCGACUGCUUUCCAAUGGUUAUUAUGUUUUGACAGAGGACAGUUUUCUGUCUGAUGGAGAGGGCAACAUAACACUGACACCAUCCCACACCAGUGUUACAUAUAAAGAGAAUUUAGUUCGGGUAUUCAGGCGAAGGAAGAAAAUCCGUCGCUCUCUUGACAGCUUGUUCAACCUCAGUGCUUCCAGCUCGUGGCUCAGCUCCACCACUCCCAGCAGGAUGGAUUUCUCCCAUGUAGAGGAUCCUUGGCCUGAUGGAUGCAGUAAACUAGAAGCCAGUCACAGUGAUGUUGUCACUGAAGAUCUCGUUAGAAGACGUGCAGAGCAUAAUAACUGUGAAAUUUUUUCACUGGAAGAAAUCUCUUUACAUCAGCAGGAAAUAGAAAAGCUAGAGCAUCUUGACAAAUGGUGUCGAGAUUUAAAAAUUCUCUAUCUUCAGAAUAACCUAAUUCCAAAAAUUGAAAAUGUGAGCAAACUAAAGAAGCUGGAAUAUUUGAAUGUAGCUUUGAACAACAUUGAAAGAAUUGAAAAUCUGGAAGGCUGUGAAGAAUUGAAGAAACUUGACCUGACAGCAAAUUUCAUUGGUGAACUCUCCAGCAUUGAAUCCCUAAAAUGCAAUAUUCAUCUGAAGGAGUUGUUUCUAAUGGGUAACCCAUGUACUGAAUUUGAAGGUUAUAGACAAUUUGUAGUGGCAACUCUUCAGCAAUUAAAAUAUUUGGAUAGUAAAGAAAUAGAACGUUCAGAGAGGAUUAAAGCUCUUCAAGACUAUCCAGAAGUGCAGUGGAAAAUCAGAGAACAGGAAGCAGCUUACCUUCUCAAAAGGGCCAGAGAAAAGGAAGAGGCUCAAAGAAGGAUGCAAGAAAAAAAGGAUGAGAAACAGAAACAGAUGGACUCUAAGCUUGGAUGUGACAGCCCAGACUCCCCACGGGAAAAACCCAAUCGGGCAGAAGCAGAUGGAAAAGAAGAAAGAUGCAGAACUGCUGAAAAUGAUGAUGAUGAUGAAGACAGAAAAUUUUGGGAGGAGCCUACACCAUACACUCCAGAAUCUAGAUUAGAAAUUCACAGAUACAUGGAGGAAAAACGGAGAGCUAAAGACAAUGUAAGGGAAUCAAAAAAGAGAGAGAAGACUGCUUGGACAUUGGUCACUGCAGAAGGAAAAGUUCUGAAUGUGAAUGUGCCUAAGCUUCAUUUCUCUCUGAAAGAUGAUGAAGAAAACAACCAGAUCAUCUUGGAUCUUGCUGUUUACAGACAUUUGGACACUUCUUUACUUGAUGUUGAUGUGCAGCCAACUUACGUACGAGUACUGGUGAAGGGAAAGCCUUUUCAGCUUGUGCUCCCUGAGGAAGUGAAGCCAGACAGCAGCUGUGCUAAAAGAUCACAAACAACUGGCCAUUUAGUUGUCACCAUGCCAAAGGCUAAAGAAAUAAUCCUGGCUAAGCAAAAAGUUUCAUCUUCAAUUAAACAUUCUGACUGCAAUACACAGCAAAAAGCCACAAGAAGGAGUGGACAAGUUGAGAAGUUGGAAGUGGAUCCUAGUAAAUAUUCAUUCCCUGAUGUGACAAAGAUAGUCCAAGAAAAGGAACGAACUGGACAGGGACCUAUAAAGCUCCAACCACAGAAGGUUACUGAGGCUAAGAGCUCCUAUGAUUUUGAAAAUAAUGAAGAUGUUCCUCCCUUAAUUUGAAACAUUGUAAAAUAUCCCCUCUAUAAGUAAUGUGAAUGCUUGUGUUGAAUUCAUGACCCCAUGUAUAAAUAAAAUAGAGCAGAAGUUGGGAAUAACAUUACAUUUCAGUAACAUUUUAUGCUGGUGUUUUCUGUUAGUUAGUUUUCUGUUAGUAUAUUGCUAUAUAAAUUGUUUUUUCUAGAUUGUUUACUUAGUAGCUCUGAAAUUAGAAUUGGGGCCUUAUAUCAGAGAUUGUCAUUUCUUCAAGCAAUUUACUGUCUGUGUUGAGAGAUGACCCAAUACUGUAGAAAAAGAGAAAAGGAAGGAAUAAAGCACUUGU